CAUUUUUGAACGUUAAGACAAAUGUUAACCUAUGUAUUCUGUGCAUUCAGUAGAAACUAGAACAUUUUUUUAAAUAUCGGCUAAGCUAAAACUUAACACUAUAAAACAAUUUUUAUUUUAAGAAUAGGAGUAAUAAAAUUAUAGAUCUUCGUCAGACUUUCAAUAAUGAUUCUGCAAAGAUACUUGUAUCAGAUAACCAAACAGUGCCUAACGAAGCAAUGUAUUUUACGUACAAAUAAGCAAUCAUACUGUGAAUUGAGGCACAAAUACAGUACCAAUGUCAAAGAAAGAAAGUACACCGAUCGUCAUGAGUGGGUAACUGUAGAAAAUAAUAUUGGAACAGUCGGGAUAAGUAAUUAUGCUCAAGAAUCUCUAGGAGACGUAGUAUUCGCACAGCUUCCAGAACCAGGUACUGAGAUAAAGGAAGGCGAUGAAUGUGGAGCACUAGAGAGUGUUAAAGCAGCUAGUGAAAUCUAUUCACCUGUAAGUGGUACUGUUACUGAAAAAAAUGUUGAUGUUGAAAAGAAACCAGGAUUAAUAAAUACAUCUUGCUAUGACAAAGGAUGGCUGUUCAAAUUGAAGAUUUCUAAGCCAGAUGAACUAAAGAAUCUAAUGAAUGAAGCACAGUAUGAGAAAUUCUUGAAAACUGACGUGGACAAAGACCAUUAAAGAAUGUUUAACUUGUUAGAAGAUAGGAAGUGUAUAUUUUAUUUAUUGCAGUUAUAAAAAUAAAAAGGUUUAAAUAACA